UCUCACACCACGCCACUAGUGAGGGGGCUGAGGACACAUAAGAAGCUGGGAGGGUACAGUUAGGACAGCUGACCCCAACUGACCAAAGAGAUAUUCAAUGCCAUAUGAUGUCAUGCUCAGCAUACAAAGCUGGAGGAAGAAGAAGGAAGGGGGGAUGUUUGGAGUGACGGCGUUUGUCUUGCCAAGUAACUGUUCCUUGUGGUGGAGCCCUGCUUUCCUGGACAUGGCUGAACACCUCCCUGCUGAUGUGAAGUGGUGAAUUAAUUCCUUGUUCUGCUUUUCUUGUGUGCAUCACGGAGAUGAGGUGGCUGGGUGUCUGUUGAGAAUUGAGGAGUUCCCAUACAGAAGAACAGAGACAUACAUUGCAAUUCGCAGUAAAGAGCAAUAAGAAGACAUACUAUGGAAAUGCAAUUCAUAAGAUUUAAGUACUCAAUGUAAAAGACCGAUCAGGUGUUUCAUACAGGGAGAAGAUUUUAAAGAACUCUGAGCACCUGUUGACAAAAGCAAAGCAAAGGAAAAAGAGAAAAAGAAACAAAAAAGUUAAAGACAAUCACAUGGAAAUUAUGAAUGAAAUGUUAGGUGGAGCAGUUCAUCAUCCAAUUCCAGAUGACCAGGGCACAUCAGUGGGUGAAGAGGAUGAUCUGGAAGAAGAAAACAGCAAAUCAUUGUGUGCAUUCAGUGAAGGGCCAGGAGAGCAAGUAAAAGAUUGUGAAGAGCAGCCUAAUGAUGAUGAUGAAAGCCUAAAAGAAGCUGCAAUGUUUUCAAGAGAAGGGUUUGCUGUUGCCGUGUCUGAGGUCUCAGUGAUGUCGAAGAGUGCAUUCAAAGACGAGUUGCCUAUAGAAAGGGACAGUUCACUUCUAAUAGAUGCAAAACCUUUUUCUACUGAAAGCCUAACCAAAAAAUCAUGUGAUGACGAGGAAACAAGGCACAAAGAAAUUCUUUGCAGAAGCAAUUUCCUGAAAAUAAGCAAAGAUGAAAGUUUCAUCCAGGAAACAGAAGGCAUCUCUGAAGAUUAUAGCACACCGCUGUUAAGCACAGAAAGCAAACAGGAAUCAUAUCAAAUCAUCUGUGAACCUGACACAGACACUAGGCUGCUAAGUUUGAGCGGUGAAGAAAAAGAAAUACCUCAGUGUUCCAUUUCAGACAUACAUGAUAAUGUGCCUGGUAAUAAUGCAGAGGACAAAGGUGUAUUAAAAGCCAAAGGUGAUAACUCUAGUGCCUGGGCUGUUCUUUCAGUUAACUUACUUACUGAGGAAUUGCAGCUGGGCUUUGAUACACAGGUUUCUCUCUUGUCUUCGUCUGAGGAUGAAUUUGUAGGUGAACAAAGACCCUCCAAAAUGAGUACACCAAAACAGACUCAGAUGAACAGUUCAACACAACUAAACUUCUAUCAGUCAGUUGAAGGACUGGUAAAGGAAACCCAUCAGGGAACAGUAACUGAAGAGGCUAACAGUGUAAUAAGCAAUGGUCUUUUGACAUCUCCAGCCGGUGAAGUGCACUGUGAUUCCCUUGUGAAAACCAGAGCCACCUUCACACAGUGUUUGAACAAAGCGAAUGUUCCGAGAAGUGAUGCUGGACCAAUUACAUCAAAGAGGAAAAGAUACAGAAGAAUUGUCAACUUGGCACCAAAGUUUGAUCUUCCAAGACAGAUUGCUGGUGAUACCGAAAGAGAGAAGGAAGUCCCAAUAAAGGAUGGGUUUGCCCAAAAAGGUGUCUUGGAAGUGGAGCAAAAGGGCUUUCCAAGCAAGGACUGUGGGGAGGAACAUGAACAGGACUGUGCAUUGCAGGAAUUUUCUUACAGUGAUACCAAGGGAACCUAUUCCUUGCCCAGCCCACAUGCUGAUGUUUUGUUACAUGAUAUUUCUUACAUUCACUGGGGACAAUCUUCCUCCACACCAAAACACCCCUACAGGGCUUGUGCAGAUUCCACAACACAGGAGAAGCAACAAGAGGUAGAUGCUAAAAAAGAGGAUGAAAGUGAACAAAUGCCUUCAGAGGCUACAAAUAGCCAACCAGAUAUUUUGUCUUCUGUUAAAGUUGUAUCUGAAUAUCUGGAAGAUUCUAGUAUGUUGGCAGGCCGCAGUGAAAAUGUGCAUGAAGAUGACCCUGAGCCAUCAGAAGCUUCACAAUGUGAAGAUAAUCAAGAUUUGAAUAUGAAAUGUAGUUUUCUGGGACUUCCGUUAUCAUUAGGAUUUGCUUUUCAACUUGUGCAGCUGUUUGGCUCUCCAGGUCUUCCACUGGAAUCCCUGUUGCCAGAUGAUUAUAUAGUUCCUCUUGACUGGAAAGUUUCAAAGAUGAUCUAUUUACUGUGGAAGACCUCUGUGGAGGAAAAACAGAAAACCAAUGGAAUGCAGAAUGGAAAGGCUCUGGCUGAUGAUAUUAUUGGUCUUGAAAAUCUAGAUGAAAAUUGCCAAGAGAAUGAAGACUCUUCUGAAGGACUUCCAGAAAUGGAGCUGUUUCAAGGGAUGAUGGAGAACGUUAUGACCUCCACUGUCACCGACUGUCCAGAUGCUGUGUAUCAUGACUGUCCAUCUUAAACUCCGCAUGAAGGAAAAGAAACUUUUCACUUGGACUGCACCAUGGAAGGACUUCAGCUGGCCACCAGGAUUUUUAAGGGUGACAAGUAGUCUAGAAGAAAGUAACCACUGCGGGGUUUUGGUGUGAAUCUUUAGCUGUACUCCUCCUCCUCAUCUCCUCACGCCACCCUCUCUCCAUAUAAUAAAAAUGAAAAAUGAGGUGACUUUGUUGUGUGUGGCAAAAGGUCACUUUCUGAAGCCCUUUCAUAAUUUCAUGAUGUUGAGGUGGCUGAGGACAUGAGAGCAAUCACAAAUGGCAGAGUAAAAGCAGAAAGCAGAAGGUGUGGUGAGAUGGACCUAAAAGAGAACUUGCUGUUGGGGGCAGAUGGAUCGCCAAGUAUGAGAAAAAUUUUGGAUGUUUGCUGAAAUAGUAACAAAGGUGAGACAGACAACAGAGAAUCAAGGCAAGUGAAAGGACAAGCCAAAACACACCUAAUUAACUUAAUUGAUACAAUUAAUCAGAGUAAUCUUUGACAGUUACAAGAUAAAUCGGUGCGCAUAACGCUGGGAAUUUCUUUGCAGUGAGAGUGGCAGAAAAGGCAACUCCUCAAUGUGAAAAGAGUGAGAAAAGAUCGAUCACAAGGGGAGAAGCAAAGAAGUUUAGAUAGUUUGUACUUGUCAGAAGUGCUACUUCCAUCUCCCACACCUUCUAUAUCCAGAAUAUCCAUUUAUUCAUUCACCUCCUGUUUCUCACUUUUCCCUUUUUUGUUGUGCAUCAGCUGAAGAGCCAGUACCUGACUGCAGUCACGCUGAAUCUCCACCACGGUCUAAAUGCUGUUCCCCCACUGUCCACUGAAACAAGUACAGUCUAUACCUGUAAGCACUUAAAGAGGGAAUGUAUUUUGAACUUAGUGUUGUAUCAUUGGCAAAAUCUACUGGCUGCACUUUUCAUGCAUUUAAUUUCUCAUGCGCAUCUGUGAUUUUUAAACGUUGUUACUGUUUCUUCCUUCCUUGGUUGGAAAUGUGCUACUUUUCUGCCAGCCGAGUGUUAUGCAAAAUGUACCAGGGAGGAGGAAGGUCAUUAGCAGCAGAAAAGCUAAGAAAAUGCCACUCAAGGGUUAAUAUUUUAUUCCUACUUUUAUUGAGAACUCUGAAUACCUAUAUUUUCUGUUACUGUACUGCCCUUCCAAAAUACUUAAAAUAAAAACAAAUUUCAACAUUUCACAGCA